AUGCAAAAUUACUUUCUUCACAGAAUAACCAAGUGUUGGUGGGGUGCCUCGUGGGAGCGGACACCAUCAACAGCCGGCCACGCCUAUCCGGUAAAGUUCCGCACCAUCACUCGUCGUAAACUGCACAGUGUUUCUCUGUUGGAUGCAGACAAGUUUGGCCUGAACAAUCCUAACCUGUUUCCCAUCUCUUCUACUGAUGCGUGGCGUUGGGAUGAAGCCAUCACGACGUGCGUCUUCCCACCAUCGCGCGCCCAGAGCAAUGUGGUUCUAACGGGUCUUCAAGGUGCGGGAAGGGACCCAGUAGAAGAAGCUUGGUGCGUUGAGGCUCAACAUGCUUUCCACAGCACCAACGGCAGUUUCGUGCCUCUCCACCAGGCCCGCUUCUCCAACGAUUGCCGAACAUGGCUCUUUGGUGUGGUGCAUCAAAGCAUACUCUCGGAGUAUGCAGGGGUGACCACAAUACACAUCCAACGAUGUGACUGGGAGGUACAUACCUAG